UGGGGCGGCCGGGUCGCGGCGGGGAAGCAGCAGCAGCAGGAGCGGUGGAUCGGAGCGGGGAGCCAGCCCAGCCUUCCUGCCUUCCUCCUCUUCCUCCUCCCGGGCACCGCGUGGCUCGCCCUCCGGCGCCGGCGAUGCCCGGCCGCUCCUCCGCCUCGUCCUCCCGGCCGCCUUCCUCUCGCCUGGCCCAGCCGCGGCGCUGCAGUGAAGCGGGGGCCUCCUUUUGUUCGCCGGCUGCCUCUCUGGCGCUGGCUCGCCCUCUUUCUCCGCCCUCGGCGGGCAGCAGCGCGCGGGGCUGAGCGCAAGCAGCCAGCCAGCCUGCCUGCCUGCCUAGCCCGCCCCAGGCUCCCUCCGGCGGGGUCAGGCGGGCGCAGCUGCUGCCACCGCCGCCGCCGCCGCUGCCAUCGCUUGGCCCUCGGCUGCGCCCAGCGGGAAAGUCCCCCAGGCUGGCGGGGGCCUUUUUUUAAAACUCUGGGGUUGCCGGCGUGGUCCAAUUUUUCCUGGAGUGGAGUGCGAAAUUCAGAAGACUGAAGCCCAGGCUGACAGUCUACCUUUCACGGAGGCCGAGCCGUGAGAGGACGGAAGAAGGCACCUGGCGCAUCAUGACAGCGGACAAAGAGAAGGACAAAGAGAAAGAGAAGGACCGGGAUCGAGACAAACGGGACAAGGGACAACGGGAAAACGAGAACUCGCGGCCCCGCCGGAGCUGCACCCUGGAAGGCGGCGCCAAGAACUACGCCGAGAGCGACCACAGCGAAGACGAGGACAAUGACAACAACAGCGCCACCACCGAGGAGUCCACCAAGAAGAACAAGAAGAAGCCGCCCAAGAAGAAGUCGCGCUACGAGAGGACCGACAACGGGGAGAUCACCUCCUUCAUCACCGAGGACGAUGUUGUCUACCGGCCCGGAGAUUGCGUGUAUAUUGAGAGCCGUCGGCCGAACACCCCCUACUUCAUCUGUAGCAUCCAAGACUUCAAACUGAGCAAGCGGGACCACCUGCUCAUGAACGUCAAGUGGUACUACCGCCAAUCUGAAGUCCCGGAUUCUGUUUACCAACAUUUGGUCCAGGACCGACACAACGAAAACGAUUCUGGGCGUGAGCUGGUUAUCACCGACCCAGUGAUCAAGAACAGAGAGCUCUUCAUUUCAGACUACGUUGACACUUAUCAUGCUGCUGCCCUCAGGGGGAAAUGUAACAUCUCUCAUUUCUCCGACAUCUUUGCUGCUAGAGAGUUCAAAGCCCGAAUGGACUCCUUUUUCUAUAUCCUGGGCUAUAAUCCAGAGACCAGGAGGCUGAACAGCACCCAAGGAGAAAUCCGGGUUGGGCCCAGCCAUCAGGCCAAGCUGCCCGAGCUGCAGCCUUUCCCUUCCGGAGAUGGGGACGCGGUGACGCGUCACGAAGAGCUGGUCUGGAUGCCCGGGGUGAACGAUUGCGACCUGCUCAUGUAUCUACGGGCAGCGAGGAGCAUGGCGGCUUUCGCGGGGAUGUGCGACGGCGGUUCGACGGAAGACGGCUGUGUGGCGGCUUCCCGGGAUGACACCACCCUCAACGCCCUCAACACACUACACGAGAGCAACUAUGACGCCGGGAAGGCCCUCCAGCGUCUGGUGAGGAAGCCCGUCCCCAAACUGAUCGAAAAAUGCUGGACAGAAGACGAAGUGAAGCGGUUCAUUAAAGGCCUCCGGCAAUACGGCAAGAACUUUUUCAGAAUCCGAAAAGAAUUGCUCCCCAACAAGGAGACGGGAGAACUGAUCACCUUCUAUUACUACUGGAAGAAAACCCCAGAAGCUGCCAGUUCCCGGGCUCACCGCAGGCAUCGGCGACAAGCCGUCUUUCGAAGAAUUAAGACCCGGACAGCUUCCACUCCGGUUAACACCCCCUCCAGGCCCCCUUCCAGCGAAUUCUUGGAUUUGAGUUCGGCCAGCGAAGAUGAUUUCGACAGCGAGGACAGCGAACAGGAGCUGAAGGGCUAUGCGUGUCGUCACUGCUUCACCACCACCUCCAAGGACUGGCACCACGGGGGCCGGGAAAACAUCCUUCUCUGCACGGACUGUCGGAUCCACUUCAAGAAGUACGGAGAGCUCCCUCCCAUCGAGAAGCCCGUGGACCCACCGCCUUUUAUGUUCAAGCCGGUCAAAGAGGAAGAUGACAGUCUCAGCGGGAAGCAUAGCAUGAGGACGAGAAGGAGUCGUGGCUCGCAGAUGUCUACACUUCGCAGCGGUCGUAAAAAGCAACCCACCAGCCCAGACGGGAGGGCCUCGCCCAUCAACGAGGACAUCCGAUCCAGCGGCCGUAACUCGCCCAGUGCGGCCAGCACAUCCAGUAACGACAGCAAGGCGGAUUCGGUCAAGAAAUCCACCAAAAAGAUUAAAGAAGAGGCUUCUUCCCCUCUCAAGAGCUCCAAGAGGCAGCGAGAAAAGGCGGCGUCCGACAGUGAGGAGCCCGACCGCAUCAAUGCCAAGAAAACCAAAACCCAGGAGAUCAGCCGGCCGAACUCCCCCUCAGAGGGUGAAGGGGAGAGCUCUGACAGCCGCAGCGUGAACGACGAGGGCAGCAGCGACCCCAAAGACAUCGACCAGGACAACCGCAGCACCUCGCCCAGCAUCUCCAGCCCGCAGGACAAUGAGAGCGACUCGGAUUCCUCGGCCCAGCAGCAGCCGUCUCUCCAGGCGCCCAACGGCCCGGCUCAGCCUCCGGGGCCCCUCCCAGCACAGCUGCCCUCCUUGCCGGCCGGCUCCAGCAUCCCCUCUUCCACCGUCGUCCCGCAUGUGUCUCCUUCAGGAGUGCAGCCCCCCAGCCAGCCUCUGGCGCCGGGCCUCCCUCAUUCGCACAUCCAGCAGGUCCCUUCAUUGCACCCGCCCAGGCUGCCUUCUCCUCCUCACCCACCGCUGCAGCCACUUGCUGGGCCCCCCGGCCAGCCCCAGGGCCUCCCCCAGCCGCACCCUCAGCCGCCCCUCCACGGCCAGAUACAGGCCCUCCCACAUGGCCUGCAAGCACAGCCCCUCCUGCCCCACCCGGCUCCUGCACAGCCCUUCACCCUCCCACCCCAGGCCUUGCCAGCCUCCUCUUCGCAGUCUCAGGGUCCCCUACCUCCCCCGGCCCACCCUGCCCUGCAGGUCUCCUCCAGCCAAGUGCCCUCGUCCCCCCUGUCUUCCCAGUGCCCCCGGGAGCAGCCCUUGCCGCCUGCCCCCAUGGCCAUGCCCCACAUCAAGCCCCCACCCACCACGCCCAUCCCGCCUCUCCCCACGCUACCCUCCCACAAGCAUCUCUCAGGCCCUUCGCCGUUCUCCAUGAACUCCAACCUGCCCCCGCCACCUGCGCUGAAGCCACUCAGCUCCCUCUCAACCCACCACCCACCCUCUGCGCACCCUCCUCCCCUACAGCUGAUGCCCCAGAGCCAGCCCCUGCAGCCCUCCCCUGCCCAGCCACCGGUCCUCACCCAGAGCCACCCAGCUCCUCCCCAGCCUUCUUUCGCCCAGCACCCCUUUGUUCCUGGGGGGCCGCCUCCUGCCACACCUCCCUCCUGCCCGUCGACUUCCACGCCGCCAUCUGUGCCAAGUGCUCCGAGCCAGGGGGCUGUGUCCAGCUCGGCGGCUUGCAGCGGAAACGUCCCUGUGGUGACCCCCUGCACCGUCCCCUCCAUCCAGAUUAAGGAGGAGGUGCCCGACGACGUUGAGGAGCCCGAGAGCCCACCUCCCCCCACCCGGAGCCCCUCACCAGACCCCACCGUGGUGGACACGCCGAGCCAUGCCAGUCAGUCAGCUAGGUUUUACAAGCACCUGGACCGCGGCUACAACUCCUGCGCGAGGACGGAUCUGUACUUCAUGCCCCUAGCCGGCUCCAAGCUGGCGAAGAAGCGAGAAGAGGCGAUCGAGAAAGCCAAGCGGGAAGCGGAGCAGAAAGCGAGAGAAGAGAGGGAACGAGAAAAAGAGAAGGAGAAGGAGAGGGAACGAGAACGGGAGCGGGAGAGAGAGGCCGAGAGGGUGGCGAAAGCAUCCAGUUCCUCCCACGACGGUCGUCUCGGAGAAUCUCAGCUGAGCGGUCCGGCGCAUAUGAGGCCGUCCUUUGAACCGCCUCCCACCACCAUUGCAGCCGUGCCCCCUUACAUCGGUCCGGACACCCCGGCCCUACGGACGCUGAGCGAGUACGCGCGUCCCCACGUCAUGUCCCCCACCAACCGGAACCACCCUUUCUUCGUUCCUCUCAAUCCCGCCGACCCGCUCUUGGCUUACCACAUGCCAGGCCUCUACAACGUGGACCCCACCCUCCGGGAGCGGGAGCUACGGGAACGGGAGCUGCGGGAACGGGAGAUCAGGGAGCGGGAACUGCGGGAAAGGAUGAAGCCAGGUUUCGAGGUGAAGCCUCCCGAACUGGACACCCUCCACCCGGCCACCAACCCCAUGGAGCACUUUGCCCGUCACGGGGCUCUCACCAUCCCCCCGACCGCAGGCCCUCACCCCUUCGCUUCUUUCCACCCUGGGCUUAACCCUCUGGAGAGGGAGAGACUCGCUUUAGCCGGCCCUCAGUUACGGCCCGAAAUGAGCUACCCAGACAGACUGGCUGCCGAGAGGAUCCACGCCGAGCGCAUGGCAUCCCUCACCAACGAUCCCUUGGCCAGGCUCCAGAUGUUCAACGUGACGCCCCAUCACCAUCAACAUUCCCACAUCCAUUCACAUCUGCAUCUCCACCAACAGGACCCACUACAUCAAGGUUCAGCCGGACCCGUUCACCCCCUCGUGGACCCUCUAGCCGCUGGACCACACUUGGCACGCUUCCCUUACCCUCCCGGUACCAUCCCCAACCCGCUGCUAGGACAGCCGUCUCACGAGCAUGAAAUGCUGCGGCAUCCAGUCUUUGGUACCCCCUACCCACGUGACCUCCCUGGCGCCAUCCCUCCUCCCAUGUCAGCGGCCCAUCAGUUACAAGCUAUGCACGCCCAGUCGGCAGAGCUUCAGCGACUCGCCAUGGAGCAGCAGUGGCUUCACGGGCACCCCCACAUCCACGGGGGGCAUCUUCCCAGCCAAGAAGACUAUUACAGCCGUCUGAAGAAAGAGGGUGACAAGCAGUUGUAAUACCUUAUUUAUUUGUGACGCUGACUACUCAAGUUCCUAGUCCUCAGUGGGAGCAGUGGGAUGUGUUUUAAUCUCUCGAGAACUGCUGGAAAGAACGUUCUUCUCUCUUUUUCACACGGUGGAAAAACACGCAGCAGCCCCAGCCCAUAAGUUCCCGCCCGAAAGCAAAGCCGGACGUGUGAAACCGAUGCAUACGUUCUAUAAUAGUAUUCAUUUGUAGGAAAGAUUUCUCAAAAGACCAGUUCAGGAGUCUCUUUGCAUGACUAAACCUGUUAAAAGGCCUUUUUUCUCUCUUUUUUUUUUUUCCCUUGUCUUUUGGGAAUGGGAGGAAGAAGAGGAAUAACAAAACAGAACCGGGAGAGAAAUUCAUCCAAACAAUUUCCUCAAGGCAACCUUGAAGGGACUAUUGGUUUGGUAUGUUUUGGCCGUUGGUUUUAUUUUUAUUUUAUUUUCAUUUUCAUUUUUUGAGUAGGUGCUAGUUUUUCAGGUUCACAACCUCUUAAUGCAAGCCACCGUGCAUAAAAAAAAAAAAAGUAUAUUCCAUUUAUAUAUAUAUACUUAAAAUAAAAUAAAAAAAAUACCCGAGAAUCGCAAGUAGUGGCUUUACAAACCUCCGAAAAAAUCCAAGUGCUAUAAUAGAAUUUUAAAAAAAAGAAAAAAAAAUCUACUUUUAUUUUAAUACAUUGUAGGCAAACUUCAUAAUUUUAAAAGAGAGCUUUGCAGCAUGGCUUUUUAAGUCUGUAAAUAACUUUUUUGGGGGAGGGGUUAGGGGUUUUAAAAAGAUGGAUUAUAAUUUCAUGAAUUCCUGAUUUAUUAAUAUUAUUUUUUGCCUCUUCUCCGGCCUCGACUCCUUCCCCUCUCUCAUCAUAAAACCAUCUACUUCUCAAAACCUGGCGUUUGGCGAGAAUAUAGGCUUGAUUUUUUAAACAAAUAAGAGGAAUAUAUAUAUAUAUAAGCGGCCCUUCGAUUCAUGAAAGAGGAGCACCAUAAAGUCAAUAAUUUCAGAACGGCUGGUCGGAGCGCAAGCGUUAAAAGGAGUUGCAGGGAUAAUAUAAAAAAAAACAACCACAGUUUUGAUUAUUAUUAUUUUUUGCACACACGUUACGUGUGCAACGUUCUUUAUUUAAUUACUUAAUGUUCCAUAAACUUUCUCCUCCCUUUUCCUUCAGUAGCCGGUUGUGUUACAAAAACAGUUGUUUGAGCAGGAAGUCACAUCUCUCUUCCAGACUUGUGAGUACAUUUCUCAUCCCUGGAAGUGCCUCUUUACAUACACACUCCUUUUCCUGAUUUUAUGGCUUGCUUUUUUUUUGUAGGAACAUUGAAAGUAUUUUUUUUUUUUACUGUUAAGCACCUACCGUUCUUAGUUCAGGCCCCUGGAUCAUUUCAGCCACUCCAUCAAUUUAAAUCUCAAUCGUUCGAGAGAAGCUCAAAAGCGGUAAGCUUUCAAACCGGUUAUGCAAAAAUGCAGGUUUUUCUGGGCUGGCUGUAAAUAAAAUUUUUCAGGCGCCCCGUGGGCACGCACGGUUGUUCGGGCAGGUUUCUCUCCUCCCCCUCCAGCCUCAGUCUACCCCCUCUGGGUUGUGUCGGGAAGAGGAAUAAAAUCUGGAAUUUUUUGGCAACACUCAGGAAUGUGCCCUGUUCGGUUAAGACCGGCUGCCUUUUUUGCGAGAACAUUUAACGCCGGCGUUCAACUAAGUUAACCUGGCAGUUGCUGGAAGCGCACUGUGAACCUUCGCCCUUCCCAUGGUUACGUCAAGCUUUUAAAUUGGGAGGCCGAUACGAAACGUGCGCUGCGUCACCCGUGUUUCCCUUUUCAUUGCUUCGAUCGGAAGCCUUUGCUGCCCCGUGUCUCUCCCCUCCCUCUUUAUGUUUUUUUUUGGGGGGGAAGCCAAGAUUUCUGGUGCAAAGGCCAUUUUAAAAAUAAAACCACCUGUGUUUUCUCAGGAUACCCUCUCCCGUCCUUCAAAAUCUCCCCCCACGAUGCCAGUUUGCAGCCUGCCCAUCAUCCCUUCCAUCCCAAAACGUUUUAAAAAAAAGAAAGAAAGAAAUCCCCAAGGGAUGGGUCAUCCUUGCCUUAUUGCAAAGAUACAGACAGUUGAAUCCGCCCUUUGGGGGAAGAGAAUGGGAUUGAGAAGCAGGAAAAGCAAUUUUUUUAAAUUUUAUUUAUUUUUUUGCAAGUCAGAUGCACACACAAAAAAAACCCCCAAUCCUGUAUUUUUCCCACCGACUAGCAAGAAAAGCUAAAAAGAAGUGAAGGAAUCUUGAAAAGUUCAUCUACUUUUCUGGAAUGGAAAACACUAAAAAAGAAAAAAAAAGCGGAAUAGCCCCCAGUAAUUCCGAACAUCCUCCUUCCGUCUUCUGUUCGUUCGUGCAAGAGAAAAGUGAAAUCUAAUUUCAACAGGUCUUCGAGGGGAUCUGCCUAAGCGUAAGAUCUCCUUUUGGGAAAUGUGGACAACAAGUACCAUUCCUGUUGAACUCCCACCCACCCCUCCAUUUUCCCCCACCACCCCUAAUUUUCCAGUUAAUAUUUUGAAUCAUUCCAGGGUGGAGAAAACUCGCAAUGUUAGUUCUUCCCAAUCGCUUUGCAAUUGCCUUCCAAUGUGGCAAUCACCCAUAUUUUUUUUCCUUUGUAGUUUAACAUUUUGCAGAACCUUCUCCGUUUUUUUUGUACAACACAUUUCUCUCUCUCUCUCUCUCUCUCUCUCUCUCUUUCUCUCUCUCUCUUUCUGGUUGCCCGCUCUCCUAAUUUGGGGUGGGUCAUUAUUUUCUUUCGUUCGUUUUAUUUCACCAACAACAUGUCUCUCGUUCAGUGUUGUCCUUACUCAGACUCUCCCUUCUGACAGCUACGUUUAUAUAUAUCUUGAGGCUUAGUGUAUAUAUGAGUAGUUUGCCAUGGGGUAACACAGUGUAAAGCAGGAUAUAGAGAAGAAGAAGAAAAAAACAAAAAACACCAGGAGUUGUGAAUUCUGUGUUCUCUCCAUUUGAGUAUUUUGUAAUUUUUUUGAAAUAUUUGUGGACAUAAAUAAAAACCGAGCUACACUA